CGUUAACGACUUGCUAUCACGCAUCCAGUUCUUGUUCCACUCCAGACUGUCGAACUCAUGAGUGGAAGAGGAGGAGGCGGUGGUGGUUGGAGAGGUGGGCGAGGAGGGGGCAGUGGGGGAGGGUUUGGACGAGGCCGGGGACCUGACUUGGGGGAAGAUGUUGAAGUAACAUACAAGGAGACUCCGCUCUUUCCGGACUACAAACCCCAUCCUUUCAAACAAAUGACCCUCCCCGAACAGUACAUGGUCGACGAGUGGAAGGUCUUUCUCGACAGCCUUCGGGAGCUACCAUAUUAUCUUGAUGUCCCACCUCCGAAGCCUGAUAUCGAGAGAUACUCAGAUCGGUUUCGCAAACGGACGAAGGAGGCGAAUAAAUCUUUGACUGGAGUCCCGACAGAUCUUGCUUUUUUCCCUGAAGAACUUCACGGAGUAAAGGAUCCAUCGAAGUCCAAGACGAGUGCCAAACUUGUUAAGAAAGACAUCGACCUCAAAGCUCUGGAUGCUUUGGAGAAAGAAGAGGCCAGUGCCAAGGGAAAUGCAGAUGUUGAUGAUGACGAUGAAGCGUUACCAGAAGAGGAGUACGACGAAGAAAUGUACGAGGAAGAAAACGACUAUUUGGUUGAUCACUACGACGAAGAUGUCGAUGUGUUUGGAGGAGAUGCAAGUGACCGGGAAGAUUAUUGAGCUUGUACAAAGACAGUGGGCGUGUGUAUAUAUAACUUAUUCAUUAAUCUAUAUUCAUUGCAUAUCAUUAUUCUAUUUUGCAUUUCCC